AUGUUUCCCACACUCGCCCUUCGCAACUUUGCGUGCCGCAUCACUCUUUUCACGCGCUCAAACUGCAAGUUAUGCUCGGAUGCGAAAGAGGUUCUCUCCAACGUUUGGGACAAGCGACCUUUCGAGUAUGACGAGAUCAAUGUGAUGGAGCAUUCUGAUCCGAAGUGGAAGAAUAUGUACGAGUUUGAUACACCGGUCGUAAACAAAGCGAAAGAGGGCAAAGAGUUCAGCACAACAGGCGAGGCCAGGAAACUCAUGCAUAGGUUCAAGGAGCAUGAGGUUGAGAAACUGAUGGAUGAGUCCAUGAUGGACAAGCCUUCCUCAUCCUCCCUCAUCCGUGUAGCCUAA